UCUAUCUUGAUUAAACUAUCAAAAACAUAAACGUACGAACUAUAGCUUUCACCAUUCGUAUAUAGACAAACCUACAAGAUCCUUCUUCCUACAAGAUCCUUCGUCCUACUAGAUCGGUUUUUAUAAAGGAUCAUCAUCAUGAAGCUCUUCCACAAGUUCAGAAAGAUUCUCAUGAGGCUCAUCGACUUCACUCUUCCUUGCUCCUCCCGGCGACAUAAGAACUCCGGCGAGGGAGAGAGGUUUGAGCCGCCGAAGAUAUCUUGCAGUAGCUCGUACUAUUCGUCUCACGUACACUACAAUGAAGCUAUCGCAGAUUGCAUAGAGUUUUUUAAUAAGUCUUCGACUAUGUCUUGUGAUGCGAAUCAUGAAGGUCGUCAUGUAGACAAGCGUGACUGUUUUUACGUUUAAUCACAUCUCAAAUGCUCACAUGUUUCUCUUUUAUUUUGCUAUAACAUUUUCAUUCGAGGCUUUGCUUU